UCACUUCCCUGUAUCUGAUUAUAUCUGCCUUUACAGAGACUGCUUGAAGUAUUCUGGAAAAAAAUGGGCAACUGGUUUGUGAAUGAGGGACUUUCCAUCUUUAUCAUUUUGGUAUGGCUGGGAAUAAAUGCCUUUCUUUUUGUGAACUCCUAUUUGGUAUAUGAUGUUGGACCAAAAUACUACUAUACUAGACAAAUCCUUGGAUCUGCCCUUGCUUGGGCCCGAGCUCCUGCAGCUUGCCUGAAUUUUAACUGUUUGCUCAUCUUACUACCUGUUUGCCGAAAUCUCUUGUCUUUUGUCAGAGGGUCAUGUGCGUGCUGCAAGAGGAGUGUCAGAAGACCACUGGACAGAAACAUCUCGUUUCAUAUACUGGUUGCGUACAUGAUUGCCCUUCAUACAGCUAUUCAUACAGUUGCACAUUUAUUCAAUGUUGAAUGGUUUGUGACGUCCCAUCUACAAAAUACUAGUUCUAUUCAGUUUGUACUUUCUAAAAUUGGAGAUAAACCAGGAGAAAACUAUUUGAAUCCAGUUCGUACUAACGACACAAAUCCUACAGAGGUUGCAUUUACAUAUUUGGCUGGACUGACAGGAGUAGUCAUUACUUUGGCUUUGAUAUUAAUGAUCACAUCAUCAACUGAAACAAUUAGGAGGUCCUACUUUGAGGUUUUCUGGUACACGCACCACCUCUUUGUUGUCUUCUUCAUUGGUCUUGUCAUCCAUGGAAUAAGACGCAUUGUUCGUGGUCAAACUGAUGAAAGUUUAAAGACACACAAUUCAACAGUCUGUGCAAGCUUGUAUGCACAAUGGCCAACAGAAGGUUGCCCUGUACCUGACUUUGCAGGAACUCCUCCUAUGACGUGGAAGUGGGUAGUGGGUCCCAUGUUUCUGUAUCUCUGCGAAAGGAUAAUAAGAUUCUGGCAUUCUCAACAAAAAGUUGUCAUCACAAAGGUUGUCACACAUCCUUCAAAAGUGAUUGAGUUACAGAUGAAACAGAAGGGUUUUAAGAUGGAGGUUGGACAAUAUAUUUCCAUGCAAUGUCCACAAGUAUCUUCAUUAGAGUGGCACCCUUUUACUUUGACCUCUGCACCAGAAGAAGAUCACUUCUCUGUUCACAUUAGAAUAGUUGGAGACUGGACUGAUGGUGUUUUCAAAGCAUAUGGUGGAGAUAAAAAAGAAUUCCAGGAGGCCUGGCAACUACCAAAAAUGGCUGUUGAUGGUCCAUUUGGUACUGCAAGUGAAGAUGUUUUUCGCUAUGAAGUAGUAAUGCUGGUUGGAGCAGGGAUUGGCGUUACUCCAUUUGCUUCUGUGCUGAAGUCAGUCUGGUAUAAAUACUGUAACAAUGACACACAUCUAAAACUGAAAAAGAUCUAUUUCUAUUGGCUGUGCAGAGAAACACAUGCAUUUGAGUGGUUUACUGACCUACUGCUAUCCUUGGAAGCUCAAAUGGCAGAAAAGAACAAAACUGACUUCCUGAGCUACAAUAUCUACUUGACAGGAGGUUGGGAUGAUGCCCAGGCAGCUCACAUUCACCUGCACAACACAGGAAAUGCUGACGUGAUAACGGGACUGAAGCAGAAGACACACUUUGGCAGACCCAAGUGGGAAAAUGAAUUCAAAGCUAUAGCAAGUAACCAUCCAAGCACUAGAAUAGGAGUUUUCCUCUGUGGACCAGAAAGCCUUGGUAAAGCACUCAACAAAGAAAGUAUCAGCCACUCUGAAGCUGAUCCCCGAGGAGUGCACUUCAUUUUUAACAAAGAAAACUUUUAAUCAUCAUAACAAUGGAGGCACCACGAAGACGAAAAAAAUCAAGAAUAAAAUAAACUGCUUUUGAAAUAAUCAAAACCUAUACAGAUGACAUUUAUAAAGCACAGCAAAUGAUUUUGGUUAAAAAGAUUUCAUUUUUUUUAACUUCACCUUACUGUUUGUACACAGUGUUGAAAGUUACUCCAUUUUUUUAAAGAAUGUAUGCAAAUAAUCAGUAUCUCCCAAAAAUGUAUUUGUUGUACUAUAAUUAAUUAAAUUAGCAGCGGUGCUCCUCCUCCCAUCACACUUUCUAAAACUUAACUUCUCUGUGCUACUCAUCCUCUCUCUCUCUCUCUCUGUUACUCACCCCCCACCCCCACCACACCCCUCCUUUCCCUUGCAAAGCUUUCUUCAUAGCACAAUUCAUUCCCUUGAUAUAUUUUUUCCUAGAGAGUGAGCUGUUUGUAUUUGACUAUUGUGAUAUGCUCCAUGUUAGGUUAUGAAAAAUCCAUAUAUUCUAUUACCUUGCUUGUGCCUUAGAUAUGGCUUCAUCUCAUGCACUUCUUAUUUGUUCUUCCUUUAUGUUCUUCUGUGAAAGUCUUGCUUUUUUAAAUUAUAGUUUUACUUGUUGUAUAGAUUUUUAUUUUUGACUUCACCAUAUAGAGCAUAAUAAUGGACAAUUAUAGCAUUCUUUUUUAUUUUAUUUUCCUUUUUUUUCAUUUCAAAGCAUAUCUAAAUAUAUUAGAAGGGUACAUUGUUUUUGUUGUUUUUCUGUUUUAAUUUUUUUUUUAUCUCCCUCUGUUUGUCAAUUAUCAGCCCUCCAGUGAUGUGAUCUGCCCAUUUGUUCACCUUAGUGAAAAAGAAGAGUUGAUCAUGGGUAGCCAACAUCCAGACCACCCUUUCUGGGUGACUCAGGAUGUGGAUGUGUGUAUAUGAGAGGAGCUGCUAAGUGUUCUGUCUCUAACUCCUCUGUACACACCCUCAUAUGGACCCCCACCAAAAUGCUGUACUAUCACAGUUUAGUAGAGUAAAGUGCAUUUGUCCAGCUUAUAUGCUACAUUUUGUCCUUCUGCGUUUCCAUGGAUGUAAACUUUGCAGUGAGCUAGCCUGUCACCCCUCUCCAAACACGCCCAUGGAGAGCUGCCAUUGGGUGCUUAAAUCUACCCCUUUUUCAAGCAUCUCUUUAGUGAGAAAGUUUUUAAAUCUCAGCCUAUAAGUAAGUCACCAACUAAGAAAUUGUGCAUGUAAUAAGUGCUUAGCCUAAUGAUUUAUAUUUGCUUGUCUAAACUAUGUCUUCUGAAAGCAUAAAAUUCUUGAAAUAUUGAGUUUGCUAUUUGUGCUAAAAGUAAUCAUUGAGGUUGAGAAAGUGCAUUUUUUAGACAAGUUUAUGCCAAUAUCUAGGCAAUUGUCAAGUCUUUAUUCAUUUAUCUGUUUAAAAGAAUGAAAGAAUGAAUGCUUCAUUUAUAUUGUUAUGUUACACUGUUAACAACUAAUGUAAAUAUUAUUACGGGCAUGUGUUGCCUUCCUUCACAGGAAUAUUUUAUAGCUAUCACUUUACUGCCUCACAUUACAACUGCAGGCUAUAUUAGUUUUCUACUGCAGUAUCUCUGUAUGAUUUUAUUAUUGGCAAAGGUGUGUAUCACAGCUCAGGCAAACAUUGCAAUCUGCACCCUGGUGUAUGACUAAAAGUGGCACACACAUUACAGGCCCACAAGAAGAAACAAGUAAAAUGUUAGCUUUGGUUUGAGACUGCUUUUAAUACAUGGAUCUCAUCUGAUGCUAAAAUAUAAUGGUAUCAAAAGUACAGUCUGCGUGAAUGCUGUAAUAUUUUCUAUUUUUGAUCCGUACUGAUAACCUGCUUCCUACAGCCUGUUAGUCAGUACUUGAGCUAUAGCUUGGGAAUGCAAUUCUGGAUUACUCUUUUAAAGAAGCAAUUCAAUUAAUGUUUGUUAAAGUCACUGUUACUCUGUGUUCUGUUUGUGCAAUGCAUUUAACAAAUGUCAGCUAAAUAAAAGCCAACAGAAAUGUAACAGGGA